AUGGGUGACCAAAAAGUCCCUUACGAACACCUCCCGAUCCCUACCUAUGAAGAAGCAACCUCCUCUCGCCCAUCAUCCUCGCAAUCCCGCCUCGGACCUCGAGAGGUAAGUGACGAUGCAGAAAGGCAGGGCCUCCUACACAACCAUGACACGGCUGGAGAGCGCAGCCAGCGGCCGUUUUUGCGAGGAUACAGGCCGCCCACGGUCGAGUCGGUACGGUCAAGCCUCGACUUCCUCUCAGACAAUGGGAGUUCCGCUCGUGGGUCGACGGAGCAGUUGCGGAGGGAGCUGGAGGAGAUGGAAGUCGAGGAUCCUCCGCAGGCUUCGUCAUCGUCUUCUUCCUUCGCUAAACGUUUUACAAGUUUCAAACGGACGCUGUCAUCGAUAAACCUGCCGCUACGAAAAUAUAUUCCUACCUUCACCCUACCAUCCUUCGACUUUCAAUUUAAUAUAUGCGCGGGCAUAGAACAUCAGCAGAGGUGUAUUAUCAUACUGAGGGUCUUUGCUGUUUGUCUAGUCGCUUCUCUCGUUUACCUACUCUUCGUCUCAAACUUCUUUUCGUUCAGCAACAGGAUCAAUCAGGGCCAGAUAUACCAACCCGAGUCAGUCCGUGUGUUCCUGGAGAACCACAUUAAUGAAACCGCCAUAGGACAGAACCUCGAACGUGCCACCAAUUUCCCUCACAUUGCAGGCACAGAAGGGAACUACGUCCUGGCCAAAUGGGUGGAGGAGAACUUCAAGUCAUACGGGCUGGAGAGCGUCGAGUUGGAGAAGUUUGAUGUCUACCUCAACUACCCAAAGGAUGGCGGAAGGAGGGUGGCCAUCGUGGAUCCUCCCGAGGCGCGUUGGGAAGCGCAAAUCGAGGAGGACCAAGUAUACGCUGAUCCACCGCGGGAACAGACCAUGGUGUUUCACGGACUCUCUAAAUCAGGGAAUGUAACAGGACCGCUUGUAUAUGCAAACUAUGGAUCCAAAGAGGAAUAUAAAAAGCUUGCUGAUAUGGGCGUCAGCGUCAAAGGGUCAAUAAUCCUGGUCCGGCAUUACGGAAUGCAACCAGACGUGGCUCUAAAGGUCAAGGCCGCGGAACUAGCUGGUGCUGUUGGCUGUAUCAUAUACUCUGAUCCGGCUGACGAUGGAUUCCGGAAGGGGGACCCUUGGCCAAAGGGAAGGUUCAUGCCCAAGGAUGGAGUCCAGAGAGGUUCAGUUAACCGCAUUGCUAUGGCAGCCGGCGACGUCCUCAGUCCCGGGUUCGCUUCUCGGACAGAUGAAAAGAAACGACUGAAGGUUGACGAAGCCAAAGGCCUUCCCCAGAUUCCAAGCAUCCCUCUCUCUUGGAAGGAUGCCCAACACCUUUUGACUGCUCUCAAGGGCCAUGGCAAAAAGGUGCCCAAGGACUGGGCUGGAGGUGUUCCGGACAUCAGCGAAUGGUGGACCGGAAACGAAGGAUCACCCAAGAUCAACUUGAUGAAUUUGCAGGACGAAGUUGAGCGGCAGCCCAUCUACAACGUCAUUGGACGGAUAGUUGGCGUUGAGCAGUCUAAAAAUACCAUCAUACUUGGUAACCACCGUGACUCCUGGUGCUUUGGAGCGGUAGAACCUGGCAGCGGAACUGCGGUUCUACUAGAGGUUGCUCGUGUUUUUGGUGAGCUCAAGGCCCGUGGAUGGAGGCCGCUGCGGACCCUUGAGUUCGUCAGUUGGGAUGCAGGCGAGUAUGGAAUGAUCGGAUCGACAGAGCAUGUUGAAGACAGAAUAGACUUUAUCAGACCUAAUGCGUUUGCCUAUCUCAACGUGGAUGUUGCUGUCUCUGGUGAUAAAUUCUCUGCUAGAGGCUCACCCUUUUGCUACAGCAAUUUCGACUGGAUUCAUAAAACCGGUGACCCUGGUUUCUUAUACCAUCGUGCCAUGGGCCAGAUCUGGGGUUUACUCGCUUUGGAGUUAUGCAGUCGACCCGUCUUCCCGUUUGACAUGAAUAGGUAUUCCAAGGCCCUUUCGCAGUAUGUCCUGGAUUUGCACAAAUACGCCAAAAAGAUAUCCGUACCCCUGAAACCGCUCAAAAGUCAAAAUAAAAACGACGAAAAUAAACCUGACAAUGGCGCUGUUGACUUGCAGCCUCUAUAUGACGCAACCAACUCACUUAAUACCGAAGUUGCCAAAUUUCAUCAAUGGGAAGGGAAUUGGAAUGCCACUAUAUACGACCAGAACGGAUUUGAAGACGAUGUCUCGGCUAUCAGGCGCAUGGCUCACAACACCCACAUGGGCUACUUUGAAACAAACCUGCUAGAUCUAGAUGAAGGUGGAGGUGUCCCUAACCGCACGCAAUACAAGCACAUGAUAUACUCCCCUCAACUAUGGCCUGAGAACCCUGAGGAGGCAACUUACUUCCCUGCUAUUAGAGACGCAAUGGAUUCAGGAGACUGGACCCAAACCCAGGUCUGGAUCGAUAAAGUCUCUAAAAUUAUCACCAACGCAGCUGUCAACUUGAACCAAUAA